AAAAUUCACCUCCUACUAUCAUACUUGCUUCGACUUUCCCAUCUGCUUGCCCACUGUGCUGCAGUCACCUCCAUCCAACUGAGCAGAAGGGUGCAGUACGCACAUCCACAUUAGAAUCUCUUUCCCCUUCCCAUCCAUCCAUCCAUCACCAUAACAUCAUUAUCAUCAUCAUCACCAUCAUCAUCAUUCUAAUCAUCGUCCACUUUCCCCCCCCAACGGACAAACUUUACUGCCCUACGUUGUCUUGUCCUACACUGCUGUACAAGACGAAAAAAGAAAGAAAGAAAAAAAAACAAGGGCCUACAAUCCUACCGUACUCGUACAAACAGGAAAAGGGGCACCAAAAAAAAGAAAAAGAAAAUAAAUCUCCCGUGGGUCUGAAACAAAUAGUACGCGAACGCCGGCAAGACAUUGAACGCCAAAGGCAUCCCCCCAACCUCCGAGGCGCCGCGCAUACCGGUACGAUACAUCCUCUCUCUGCCAACCAAACGUCCUCUUUCUCCGCCCUACACAUCCACCACCUCCACGCUUCAAACCUCUGGUAGAUAGCUUCAUCAUGUUCUGUUUACGAAGUUGGCUCCCCCUCCUCUUCAUCCCAACAUCCGCCUCCCCCGCCUUCAUAGUCUUGUUCCUAAUCUGCACCUACCUCUUCCACCGACCUUGUGUCUACUGCUCCCUAAUAAUGUUAACCCUCUUCUCCUCCUCCUGCUACUGGUCCGACCGCUGCUUCUUAGAUAGUAACGACGGGCACUGGUUCGAGCCGAGAUUCUUAUCAUCCGCCGCAGGGAAGGUAUUCAAUGCUGCUGCAGGGGCGGUAGGUGCUGGUGGCGGCGCUGCGGUUGUGGCUGCUGCGGCCGGGGGCGCUGGCGGCGGUGCUGGGGGAGAGGAAGGGGUGGGUCAGGUCUGGACUGGUAUUGGCCUAGAUUGGUUGAGGACUAUGUGUGGGAGGAGGGAGUGGAGGGUGGGUUGUUUGGAUGUCGUUGUUAGGCUUUGAAGGAGAUGAUGGAAUGGGGCGAGGAUGAUGGCGGCGGCGGCGGGGGGGUGUAUUGAUACAAUCGGCGUAAACGGGUUUUAGAGAUGGGGAUACUCUUUUUCUUUUUUUCCUUUUCACUAUCCUGGUCGGAUGGACGGACGGGGUCGGAUUACCUGAAUAUCUUUUUUUCCCUCCCCCUUUUUGACCCACAUGCAUACCUCUAUUGCACUUUAUUUUUUUUCCUCGAUGUCUUUGGUAUCUUCCCUAUCCCGAAUUCCCAAGGCUACCCUAUGGAGACCAGCCUAUCUUCACCAUUCUCUCCCCCUUCUUCCUCCUCUUUGCCCAUAGCUACUAUGUUAUAAUAUCUAAUGCCAAAGAGUAGCGCCUCCGAGA